AUGGACAAUGACGCGCGAAACUCCGAAACCGAGAUGUCGACACUAGAGACACCCGGCCGGGUUCCCACUCGCACGGCACUGGAAUAUCCAGAAGGAGGAAUCACCGCCUGGGUUGUCGUAGCCGGCGCAUCCAUGAUGUUAGCCUGCACAUUCGGCAUGAUGAGCACAGUGGGAGUUCUCCAAUCAUACUGGGAAACCCACCAGCUCAAAGCCUACACAUCAAGCACAAUAGGCUGGAUACCAUCAAUCUUCAUUUUUCUGAAUCUCGUGCUGGGUCUCCAAAUCGGACCGAUGUUCGAUCGAUACGGGCCUAGAUGGAUCAUGCUCGUUGGCUCUGUCUCUUAUACACUUUGUAUAUUCCUGCUUGGUUCGUGUGAGAAAUACUACCAAUUCAUGCUUUGUUUGGGCUUUGCAGGUGUAACUAGCGCGCUUGUGUCGACGCCUGGAAUGGCAAUUUUGUCUCAUUGGUUUUGUCGGAGGCGUGGUACUGCCACUGGCAUUGCCAUGGCGGGCUCGAGUCUUGGGGGCAUCACAUUUCCUUUGGUGCUGAGGAAGGCGUUGGAAAAGGUUGGAUGGGGAUGGGCGCUGAGGAUAUUAGGGCUGAUAUUCUUCGUCUUGCUUACGAUUGGGAAUAUUUGUGUAAGGAGUCGGCUUCCAAUGAAGACCAGGAAAGGGGUUGUGGACAUGCGUUGUUUUGCCGAUUCGAGAUUCAUAUGGACCACCGUCGGGGCUUUCUUCAGCGAGAUUGUCUUGUUCGCGUCUUUGGGCCUGAUACCAACAUACGCAGUGUCCCAGGGCUUUGGGUCAGAGGCCGGCGUGUAUCUCCUGGUCGUGUUGAAUGCUGGAUCUGCCUUUGGAAGAUGGCUAUCCGGAACGGCUUCAGACUACUGUGGCCGCUUCAACACCAUGACAGUAAUGAUGGCAAUAACUACUGUGUUCAUAUUUGUCUUGUGGUACCCCUUCGGUCAUUUCAUCGGCGUUCUUUAUCCGUUCGCUUUUCUUCUCGGAUUUGGGACCGGUAGUAUCCUCAGUCUUACUCCGGUAUGCGUUGGCCAGAUAUGCGGCACCGAGGAGUUUGGCCAAUGGUUUGGAACUUGCUAUUUCGUUGCAAGUUUUGGAACUCUGAUCGGUAUUCCAAUUGGCGGGCAGCUGCUGGAGGUUGCUGGGCCUUCGCGGCUAGUCGCUUUCCUGGGUGAGUAUCACUGGAACUGGCAGGUAAAAGUUUAG